AUGAUGGAAGUCUUGAUAUUAGAGAUUGAAGAUCCAGGUUGCUUUUGGGUUACUGUAAAAGGAUGUGGGCCUUAUGUAGUCAACGAAAAAGAAUAUAAAAACCUGAAUGCUGAAAUGAAUCAGUUUUAUGACAAAUCUUAUCAAGAUGCAGAUGAAAUAAAACCACUAACGUUAGAAGAAGGCCAGAUUUGUGUGGUUUUUAGCAAGGAACUGAAAUGCUGGUGUAGAGCAGUUAUUAAGUCAAUCAUGUCCUGUACAGAUCAUUAUCUAACAGAAUGUUUUCUUGUGGAUUAUGCCAAAUAUAUUUCCGUUAAAUCAAAUGACAUUCGAGUUGCAGUGGAAGCAUUUAUGCAAAUUCCAUAUAGAGCAAAACAGUGUGGACUGUAUCGCACAAAGCCAGUGACUUUGCAUAUCAACUUUUGUGAAGAUACUGCAAAAAUAGUACCAGCCAAAAGAUGGGAUUGUGCUGCUACUCGGUAUUUUCAAAGCCUUCUCAAAGCGACUACCCAAAUCAGAGCUCAGUUAUGUGCUAUCAAGGGUGACAAAUUUGAUGUUCUUCUUUAUGUGACAAUAAAAAAUGAAAAGGUAUGCGUUAAUGAUGAUCUUGUCUCAAAGAAUUUUGCUCGUUUUGAGGAGGAUAAAGAGAACACAGAGCAUCCUGCAAAUGAUCAAGAGAGCCAGACAUCACUAAAUGUUGAGUCUCCUCUUCUACUGAAAAUUGUUAAUCCUGCACUUGCUGUGAGCCCAAUUCCGUCUCAGGAGAAGAUAUCUAAGAAUCUUGAAACAGGUCAUGCUGUUUCCAGGUCCUGUACAGGACUGUACAGUCACCAAAUGUCAAGCACAGGUCUAAAUGGAAGUACUGAAUCUAGUUUGCAAAAUGUUAGUGCAGAAGGCAACUUUGUUUUCCUUAGCAACAAAAUUGAGCCAUCUUCAAUUCUGGAAACAGCACCACUUUUUGAUGAUCUGAAAAAGGAACUUGCUCGGAAAAAAUUUUUAGGCCCUGACUUCACAGAAUCUUAUUGUUGGCCACCAAUAGCUCGAGGAUGUGAUGUACUUGCCAUCUCGCAUCAGGGAAAUGAUCCUCUCUUAUAUAUUCCACCAGUUCUUACGUUUUUGCAGUCGGAAAGUUGCUACAAAUCCUUGCUGAAUAGGAGCGGACCAUUAGCAUUAGUUGUAUGUCCUGGAUGGAAGAAGGCACAACUUGUUUUUGAAUUAUUGAAAACAUACAGCAGAUGCUGCAGACCACUUCAUCCCAUGUUGAUAAUAGUUGGGCAAAACAAAGAAGAAGCUAGAAAUGUGAAAAUUCAUCGCGGAUGCGAAGUUAUCGUGACUACACCAUACAGCCUUUUGAGACUGUUUGAACAUCAUGGUUUAUUAUUUCUCAGACUUUGCCAUCUUAUUUUUGAUGAGACUGAGGUACUGUUCUCUGAAGCUAGUGAACAGGUUUUUACCAUACUAGAUUAUUAUAGGAAAACUGUUAUUAUAGAGGAACAGCUAUAUUCACCACAUCAGAUUGUUGCUGUUGGAACUCGUUGGAAUAAACAUAUAACACGUUUACUAAAGGAGUUCAUGAAUGAUCCUUAUGUUGUGAUAACUGCUAUGGAAGAAGCUUCCAUAUAUGGAAACGUACAACAGGUUGUACAACUUUGCUUGAACAGUGAGAGAAUUGCUGUGUUGCUCAGAAUACUGGAUUUUACACCUAAUAAUGUUGAAAAGAUACUGAUAUUCACUAAUACAAUAAACGAAGCAGAAAUGGUUCAUCAGGCACUGAGGAGCAAUUCGAUAUUUUCCUUGAAAAUACAUAAAGAAAGCGAGUUUAAUUUUGAAUGUGUUUUAGAGCACUGGACAAAAAGUAGUUCUGGCCCUCACGUUGUGUUAGUCUUAACAGAUGAUUGCACGCAGUCUUUGGGAAUUACAGAUGCAACUUGUGUGAUACAUUUCAGUUUUCCUUCUUCUCCAAGAAUCUUUGGUCAGCGUCUACACCACAUGUCUGACAACUUCUAUAACGUGACAGAGAAGGGUUCUUUUGUAGAUCAGAAUUAUACAAAGGCAAGGUCAGUCUUACUACUAACAGAAAACAGUAUGUGCCAUGCUCUUGGGGUCCUGCACUAUUUGAAGCGUGCUGAAGCUGAAGUUCCGCCAGAACUGCAUGAUUUUACUACCAGAGUGCUAGAAGCUGAAGAAGAAAAGAAGCUUACAAGGCCACUGUGUACCUAUCUUAAAACACUUGGGAUUUGCAAGAAUAGGAGAGUGUGCCCAGAUCGUCAUCUCGUUAAUGUGCAAACAGACAUACCCCAGAAUAUGCCAGAUAAAAUUACACCAAUGCCUGGGUGUGUGACAGUAAUGCCUCUCCAUAUUGUAAGUGCAACAAACUACUUUGGUCGCAUAGUAGAUAAGCAAAAGGACCAAUAUGCAAUUCUUGCUGAAGAAAUUAAUGAGUAUUUUAAGAAACCUAGUAAUAACGUCUCUGUUGACAAGGUGGAGAACCUAGCAUUGUAUGGGUUGUACGAGGAAACGUUUUUCCACAGGGUUCAGGCGGUAGAGAUUUCCCAAAAAGAAGGAAAAAAAUUAUUGCAUAAUGUUACAGUUAAAUACAUAGAUGAAGGCAGAAUGAGUCAAGUUGAGAGCCAUCGAUUGCUUCAGUUACCUGCAAGAUUUCAGUGUCUGCCACCUCAGGCUGUGGAAUUUAUAGUUUGUAGUGUGAAACCCAUUGAUAAUGAAAUUGAAUGGAACCCGAGGGUUACUAGUCAUAUUUAUCAGAAAAUUAAAGGAAAACCACAUGAAGCAAAAAUAGUGUUUACUUUGGGAAAUACGAUUUGGGUUGACCCAAUGGUCCGAGUUACCAGGCUUUCAAAUUUGAAGAUGUCUGUCAAUGAAUACAACGUUCGAUCUGAGAUUUUGUCUAUGGGACUGGGAACAGACAAUCCGGAACAUAUAAAACAACUUCAGAAGCUGUGCAGGCAUGUGAGGGUAUUAACUCAUGAGAAGAACUUGGAAACUUUGUAAGUCAUAAAGGAGGAAAUGGUCAGUCCACAAAAUGUGUCCAACUUGGAGAAUGUACAAGAAAACUCUACUGAAAGCUGUUUUUCUUCCAAAAUGACUUUGGAGAAUCAUCCAUAUGAUGGUGUAGCUGAAGUUAAGAGAGCAGAAGACUCUACCCUUUGUCAGCGUAAAUGCUUUUAUCCAGAAAUAAAGUGGUUUCAAAAUGAAGAGACUGUUACAGUGAAGGUAAAAAUAGCAAGCAUAGCUGAUUAUAAAUGCGAGUUCUCUAAAGAGAAGAUGGUUUUCAGUGCUUGCUCAGGAGACAAAUUUUAUUUGGCUGACAUGGAGCUGCAUCAGCAUAUACUUGCAGAAAAGUCUACAUGUGUGAUAAAGGAUAGAGAGGCUAUUAUUGUCCUUACAAAAGAGAAGAGACAAUCAUGGUGCAAGUUACUGAAGAACAAGAAUUCUCAUGUGUGUUUUGAUUUUGAACAUUGGGAAGAUUUUGAAGAUGAAGGCCCAUUUCCAGUUGGUAUUAAAAAGUUGCAUUGCACUAAUGCAGUAACAGAAGAAUUGAUGGACUCUUCAGAAGACAGUGGAACAGAAAGUGACGAUUAAUUUGAUGAUAAAUCUCUUAAUAAAGACUUAUCCUUCAAAAUAGCAGCUCUCUCCUCAUAUGAGAAUUUCCAGUCAA